CAUAUUCACAUUCACAUUCACAUAAUCACAUUCAUCAUCUUCAUACUUCAAUCUCUCUCUCUCUCUCUCUCUCCAAGAGCAAAGCAAUGAGCUCAAUGAUGGAGACUCUCCAGAUUCGUAAACCUACUUCUCUCCCAGUUUCUCAACGUCCUAACUCCACCACCACCGCCGAAGAUGAGCCUGGUCUCAUCCGACGUCGUCUCUCUUCUCUCUCCCUCAACCUCUCUAACCAACCAGCAGCUAUCGCAGCUAAGUUCCCGAGAUCCAAAUCUGUCUCCGCUAUGGGAGAGCAAACAGGGACCUCUGUGAAAGAAUGGUGGGAAUGGGGUUGGUCGUGGAUCCUUUCAAGAAAACCAAUCUUCAUUAGAGAUCUUGAGCUUAACAAAGACGAAGCUAAAUCUAUUGGUUCUCAGAACAGAGGAAGUAUAAUGCACGUCUUCUUCAAGCUCCGGUCUCAGAUCCGUAACCUCGUGGGAUCUUCUUCCUCUGAUUCUCUUCCUCUUUCUUGCAAAUACAAG